CGCUGCUGCGGCACGAGCAUCAGAGCUCAACUGUCGGUGCUGUCUGUGUGAUGAGAACAGUCAAAUCGUAAUGGCGACUGCUGGAACAGCAGACUCGGGAUCAACAGCCCCGACAGGGACCAGUGGCAUCCGAAAAAUGGCCCCUUCAGAGAUGCCUGGCUCUUCAGGCACACAUCAGAGUAUGAAGAAGACCAUCGGACACCGGGGGGUCGAGACCACCACAGGAGAGACCACCUAUAAAAAGACGACGUCGUCUGCCCUAAAAGGUGCAAUCCAGCUGGGCAUCACUCACACAGUUGGCAGCUUGAGCCAGAAGGCGGAGAGGGAUGUUCUCAUGCAGGACUUUGUGGUGGUUGAAAGCAUCUUCUUCCCCAGUGAAGGCAGUAAUCUGACUCCUGCUCAUCACUACAGUGACUUUCGCUUCAAGACCUAUGCUCCUAUUGCCUUUCGUUACUUCAGAGAACUGUUUGGCAUUCGGCCAGAUGACUACCUGUAUUCUCUGUGUAACGAGCCACUGAUCGAGCUGUCUAACCCCGGGGCCAGCGGAUCCCUUUUCUAUGUCUCCAGUGAUGAUGAGUUCAUUAUCAAGACUGUUCAGCACAAAGAGGCAGAGUUCCUCCAGAAACUGCUGCCUGGAUACUUCAUGAACAUAAACCAAAACAAGCGCACCCUGCUACCCAAGUUCUACGGACUGUAUUGCGUUCAGGCAGGGGGCAAGAAUAUCCGUAUUGUAGUGAUGAACAAUCUCCUGCCCCGGAUCAUCCCCAUGCACCUCAAAUACGACCUGAAGGGCUCCACCUAUAAGAGACGAGCUUCCCCCAAGGAGAGAGAAAAGGCGGUUCCCAUUUACAAAGACCUGGACUUCAUCCAGGACCUGCCUGAUGGUCUGCUGCUGGAAGCGGACAACUACAAUGCCCUGUGCAAGACUAUUCAGAGGGACUGCUUGCUCUUGCAGAGUUUCAAGAUCAUGGAUUACAGUCUGUUGAUGGGCAUCCACAACAUGGACCAAGCCAGUCGAGAGCGGGAGCGUAGCGGGGGCAACUCGGGCGACAGCGGGGGGUCGGAGGGAGCAGUGACCCCAGAUCAGCGCCGGCCACAAGCUCAGAAAAGUCUGUAUUGUACAGCCAUGGAGUCCAUUCAGGGGGAGGCUCGAGGCAAGGGAGUUCUGGAUUCAGAAGAUCACAUGGGCGGUAUUCCAUCGCGUAACAGUAAAGGAGAGAGGCUGCUGAUCUACAUUGGCAUCAUUGACAUCCUCCAGUCCUACAGGUUUAUUAAGAAGUUGGAGCACUCCUGGAAGGCUUUGGUCCAUGAUGGGGACACAGUGUCAGUUCACAGACCUGGCUUCUAUGCAGAUCGUUUCCAGCAAUUUAUGUGCAACACGGUGUUCAAGAAAAUUCCACUAAAACCAUCACCAUCAAAGAAGAGUCGUGGUGGAGGUCAGGGAGGCCUUAGGAGGGCCCCCACCCUGGGAGCUCCCACCCCGCUCUCCCACGCAACAGGACAGUCGGUUGACUCCAGACUAGUCUACCACAGCCACUUCAAAAGCACAGAUUCAGAGGCUGACUGUGGCGUGCAGUCGGGUAGACCAGAUCUUGUUCCGAGGACUCCACCUCUGGGAGAAAACCCUGCUGACUAUGAGGCGAACCUGUCCACCUCAUCACUAGGCAGCACGGGAAUUGCCUCAACUUCUCCCCCCCUACGGUCUGUGGGGGUGGAGGUCCACAAAUCAGCAAACACAGAGUUUGACCACCACAGUUUGGGUGCAGAAGGUGCUGUAGAUAAUUCGGGCAACCUGUCUGGAAACGAAGACGUAAUUUCACUCUCAGACAUCAUCCCUGAGACCAACAUCUGCUUUUAAAAAGUCACACGUGAAGACGAGGCAUUUCUGGACAAGGUGAGGUGGGCGGAAGUAAUGAUGAAGAGAGUGAAAGUCACGCAUCCACCACGGACCCUCCGUUGCACCUCUGUUGUUCUCUCACCCGUACAGUAUAUACAUGGACCGCUGCAUGAAGCAGCGAAGUGCAGUGGAGGCUGUGACAGUGAAGAAAUCAACAGUGGGAAGAUCAUGAAGAAGAAGGGUGUGCGGUAGGCUUUACUUUCCACAACCAUCGACAUCCCAAAGCCCAGUUGUCUCUGAUAUACACCCGAAUAAAAGGCUCACGACCCUGAAUUUACAGCUCCCUAUUAGAUCUGGCAGCGUAACGUUAACUAAACAAAGAUUUCUCUUCACGUUCUCUUCAUUUCUCUUCAACAUCAAGGAUGCUUUGAUGACAUCACACACAAAAUGAUUAGUUGUAUAUUGUUAAAAGCCUGCGAACACAGUCACCAGUGGAUGGUGAAGGCAGUCAGAAUAUCCAUGAAGAGUCAGUCAUUGUGUCCACUUUUCGCAGCAUGAAGCGAUUGUGAGAUGACAGCAUUUCAGCAAGAACACACACACACACACACACACACACACUUAAGAGCACAUGAAGGGCAGAGCCUGCGUUUGUAGGAGUGAAUAUUAGCCUCUGUAUUCAUGCGAAGUCCAAGUGGGUUCACAUUUCCGUGAUUCACACUGUAGUGUUCCCAUCUCCGCACAUCCAUUUCCCCCCGCGACACUCCUCAUGAGCGGGGCACUCUGAGCUAUCAACAGUCCCUGUUCGAAUCAACACUUGCUGCUGUUGACUCUGCAAUUAUGUAUGCAUUUCUUUUUACUGAUCGUGGAUGUACAGUAUUUGUUUGAAAUCGGGGGGGAUGGGUUAAACCAGACCUAUGCGGUCAUUUUGUUUCACGUUUUGUCAUAAGUUAUUCUGCUGGAAGCCACGGCGGUGCGGCACAGGUCCAUCUCGAUCUUGCCACUGCUGAAUGUACAUUACAAUGUUUUUUCUUAUAUAGAACGUGUCUUAUUAAUAUGGCAGACCACAUUUGUACAACCCUGAGAAUCUCCCCCUCUGAUGUGACCAUAUGUGCUAUAAAUGAGCACAGAGAGAAGAGCUGUCGGCUGCAUGGCCGGCCAGUAGAUGCUGAUAAAUGAAGUCAUGGUAAUAAGCUAGUAGAGGAGUAAUAAUUUCCAGCAGCUACUGUCAUUCGUCUGUCAUGUCUGUGCCUUUACAUGUUUGUCCCUUCCCUAACGUGAUGGACUUUUUAUUUUUACAGGUUAGUGUUGUAGUCACACAAAAAAACCUGCCUUAUCACUACAGCUGAAGUCAUCAAACUGCCAUUUGUAUGUCUGGACCAACAAUCAGGGCUUCAAAGAAUUUCAGAUUUUAAUGCAAACACUAGUACAAUCCCUUUUGGCGCGCAGUCACUGUGGUUCAUCAGCUCAGCUGAUCCAUUCAACUGUCCCCAUGUCAGACAAUAAGGAUGUCUGUCUCUUAUUAUUCAUUUCUGCUGGUUACAGAAAUGACCCCCGCCCACAUCCACCCUUGGACCAAUAUUAACAACCACAUGUAUAACUAAUAUUUGUAUGUUUUGUAUGUAGUAUUACUCAGCUUUUACUCAGCUGUUCAUAAUAAUUAUGCUUUGUUUUCACAGAAUGUUUUUGUUUAUGUUUAAGGCACUAAACAAGCUGCAGAGGUGGCUGGCAGACACCCCCCCCCACCCCCCC